AUGGCUGAAACCACCGAAAAAGAGAAGAUGCGGCGCGGCGAGCUCUUCAUUGCCUUCUCCCCGGAGCUGCUAGCCGAGCGAGACCGCUGUAAAUACGCCUGCAUCCGCUUCAACGAGGCGGGCGAGGUAUCCCGGCGGCGGUUGGUUGAACUGUGGAGAGACAUCACCAAUGACAAAACACCACUACCACCAGUCCAAUCUGACCCCGCUGCCGACGAGGCUCUCUUCCAGAACGAGCCCUGGGUCGAGCCCCCCGUGCGGGUCGAUUACGGGUACAAUGUAAAACUCGGGGAGGGCUCCUUCGUCAAUUCCAACGCGGUCUUCAUCGACACCUGCCCCAUUACUAUCGGCGCGCGAACCAUGUUCGGCCCGGGGGUGAAUUUGUACUCUGGUACGCAUCCCGUUGAUCCUGCGCUGCGCAAUGGCCUAAAGGGGCCGGAAUAUGGAAAGCGGAUUACGAUUGGUGAGGAUUGUUGGCUAGGUGGGAAUGUGAUUGUCUUGCCUGGUGUGACAAUUGGAAAGGGGUGCUCGAUUGGGGCGGGAAGUGUGGUUACCAAGGAUGUGCCUGCGUUCCAUGUUGCAGCUGGGAAUCCAGCUAGGAUUAUUCGCCGGAUUGAAACCACGAUGACAGAGUAG